AGGCGUGGAAAAGCGCUGCUGUCACCUGCGUUUGUUAGGACUGCAGACGCGACCUACAGUAGUGGCCCAAUUACCCAGCAGAAAGCAGCGCUCUACCUGUCCAGGGAUAGGACAGCGGCUGGUUUCACUGCAGAAGUAUGUUGAUGUGAUGCUUGAGGAUAAGGCUGUGGUGCACCGGGCCUCUGAUGGCUGUUAGCACCAUGGACUCCGAGUCAGCGCGGACACCUCAGACCCAAGCCCUGACAAAAGGAGGCCAUUCCCUGUUGUCUGCUGGCAUUCUGACCGCCAGGUUUGGACCUCAAGGGAAGCACUAUGUUUGCGGUUCCCUUGCAGCUUUUACCAAUAUAUUGUUGACCUUUCCGAUCCAGAAAGUCCUCUUCCGCCAACAGCUGCAUGGCGUGUUGGCCAUCGAUGCGGUGCGACAGCUCCAGAGGGAUGGACUGAGGAAUCUUUAUCGGGGCUUACUUCCCCCACUUCUCCAAAAGAGCACUACAGUAGCCAUCAUGUUUGGCUUGUAUGAGGACUUCUCUAGAGUCUUACUAGACCAUGCUGGGAGCAGUGGCGUGCCAGAGCUGAUUACAAGAAGCUUUGCUGCAGCUUUGGCAGGAACUGCAGAGGCCAUCCUUACACCGUUUGAGCGUGUGCAGACUCUCCUACAAGACCACCGGCACCACGGGCGCUUCAACAACACAGCACACACCUUCCGGACACUUGUGACAGAGUAUGGUGUGAGAGAGUGCUACCGUGGCCUCGUGCCCAUACUACUGCGCAAUGGUCCUAGCAAUGUUCUCUUCUUUGGGCUCAGGGGACCCAUUAAAGAGCAGCUCCCAGAAGCUACUAGCAAGAUUUCAAGCUUGAGUAGCUGCAGUCACCAUACUGCAGCUCUUGCUGAGUUCGACAACCCGAAGAGGAAAGGCAUGCUGCUUGGACACUUGAGAGAGAGGCUUCAUAGUAGUGGCACAGAGAGAAGACGGGGACAGAGGGUAAUGUUCAGUGGCACAAAAAGCUCAAGCUGCCAUGUAAAUGGAUCACUCGGCCUAUUUCUUCAAGUCUUUUCAUUCUAAUAUCCUCUUCAAAAGUGUAUCAAAUAACGCUGUUUAUCACUUUCCUGAAGCAAAAGUUUCUGGAUCACUACGAAAAUGAAAUGUCACGUUAGUAAUUGUGCUAAAAUGUUUUAAAUCUCAGUUAAAACCUGAAUAAAUACAGAAGUACUUCAGGAAAAAUGAGCUGACUGUCAUUUUUUCACCUAGAGAGAAGAAAGAUUUUCCUUUACGUAACUGAGACACACAUAUGUUAUGAAACAGUUUUUGUGUCUGUUUUGUGACCUCAUUGCUCUGUACCUAUGAGUCAUACAAUGAUAAUGUGUAAACUAUUCGACCUGUUUUUCCCGUUUAUUAAUUAUAAUCCCUUCUUUGUAAGUGACAACACUUAUGCAAUGUGUGUAAGCGUUGUCAAGGAUUUUUGUUUAAAAGAAAUGACAUCAAGUCAGCACUGUGAGACUGAGUUUUGGGUCAGCACAGAGUACCACUUUCUAGCUUACUGUGUCAAGAAGUCUGACAGCAGAUGAUGAUCAGAUUAAGGACAAUCUGACAGAGGGACUUUAGAUCAAGAAGCGCUGAACUGCUGUUGCUUCAAAGCCUCUCAGCUCUCUUUGCACCACAUCAAGUGUCCUUCUGAUUGCUGUCUUAGAUGAAAUCUAACUUUUUUUUAUGUGCAAAUUUAUCUAAAAAUCCUUUUUAAUCAUAGUAGCAGAAAUAUUGCUUGAACUCUGCUAAUUGGCUCUCCACAUAGUUUGAAGACCAGUACCAAAAAAGCAAAAAGGGGAGGGGGUGGCCUCAUGCAUAGACAAACACUGCCAUCUUGAAACUGUAGGAAAUUAACACUGAAAAAACAAUCCUACAAUCUACAUUCGUUAUUGUACUGUGCAGAAAUCUUGAGCCACCCCUCAUUUCUUUAUACUAUGCUUCCAAUAAACCAGAUUUGUUAUAUUGCUCUUGAGCAAUCGUUUUCGGAAGCAGGGUGGGAUCAUCUUGAUACAGAAGGGAGCAAAAGGCACCUAAUAGCCAAAUAAUAGCUUUGCUAUUUCUUCAAGAAGCCUGGAGAACCAUUCCUAAACACUACUUAAAGAAUUUACUCUACUAAGAGAGUUCACACUAUGGUGAAGAAUGAAGGUGGUCACACCAAAUGUUGACUUUCAAGUUCACUAGAAUUGUGCAAACUCAGUUUUUGCAUUUUAUGCUGUAUGUUUCAUGUAUCUUUACAUACAUUUCAAUAAAUUGUUGCACCAAUUUAGUUUUCCUUGCAACAUAUAAAGAAAUAAGGGGUGACCCAAGACUUUUGGAGUUGGAGCGUAAAGAUGGUACAGAGGCUAUGAGAUUCAUAAAUAUUAGUUUAUCUGCUGAAGUGAAAUAUUCACCAUGGGGUUGAAUAUCGGUGUGCAGUGAUAUCUCUUAUGAUCUCAUAAAUAACACUCGAUAUUUGUGAAUGGAGCUUCAUGAAUUGCUUGUUGGUAAAUGAAAGUACACACAGUUCCCAAAUAUUCAAGACAGCAUUAUUAAGGUCAGUGUUUCAUUUAUUCCCAAACAAUACAUUUCUUGGUACAUUAACUUCAUGUUUUAUGUGGGGAUGGAAAAGUGGCUGCUUCUGUAGAAACACAGUGGACUCUCUGACUAUGAAAUGCUGUUCAUACAAUGUUCCCGUACAGGAAAGAGUUAGUGACACAGGCACUCUUUACUGAUGGAGCCAGCCUAAUGAACAACAGGAGACCCUCCUGAGACACAACGUCUUGACGUUAGCACGGUGAUGGACGCUGCACAACUACCUUAACAAAAUUUCCCUCAGUCAUCAGUCUGGAAGAUUAAAUACACUACCUUUCCCCUCACCAGCUGUUUCUCAGCACUUAAGCAGUCUUUAUUUCAGCUAAUCCCCUUAUCAUAUUUGAAUAAGCAACCGCUGACUGAUUUGGCUUAAUUAGCUUCCUGUUGUUUGUAGGUGGCUCGAGUAAAUCCUUCAAAUCGGAUGGCGUCAUGUGAUAUGGAGGAGCUGAUAAGUGAACACUGUACAUCAGCAAACCGAUUGAGCAACGUAGUCCUUUUACUGAAAGUUCACAGACAUCAGUAUAGACAGAAGUCUUUAUAUUGACAAAAUGCUAAUGCCAUGCAACCUUGCAAAAUGUUGCAUUCCUUAAUGCAGAAAGUUUUCCAGAAACAAGACAAAAACCAACAUUCCAAACAAAGAAAGCAUCCAUUAUAUUCAAGCAAACAUAAUGCAGCUGCUGUUUGUUUUUAAUGUUAGCGCAAAAAAACAACAGAGUAUGUGGGGGGGGGGUUGAGGGGUUUAUGUUUGCAUAGCCAUAAACUAAAGUAGGGACAGAAUAGGACACAGAGAUAUAAAUGUAUAUCUACAGUUCUGACCCCAGCAUUGACCAUCAGCCCAUCCAUCAGUCAGUACUCAGUUAAUAAAGUGGUGCACCCAAAGACGAAACAUUGGCAGGGAACAGUUGUGGCUCAGUGUUUUAAGACUUUGGAUCUUUGCUACAUCUGGAUAGAGUUUAACAGUCACUCUUGUGCCUCGUCAAAAAAAAAAAAAAACUACAUAAAUAAGGUCCCCUGUUUUGGU